GCUGGUGAUGCAAUAAUUUAUGCGAAUGCAUUGUUAGAUUUUCUGGCAUCACGUUAUGUAGCAGAACGCUCGCAACUGAUAAUUUUCAUUCUCGGAAGUGCUUUGCCAUGCCUAUUGAUUGCAUUCGUAGUCCUCUACAUCAUGGUCAUCGAACUGGAUUGCUGUAUAUAUAUGAAAUACUAUGCACGACAUUGGCGCCGUACAGGUCGAUUGGAUCCGGUGUUCAAAAGGCGGCGUCUAAUUGCAGAAACAAUACAACGUCUUGAACGAAAAUCGGCAGCAUCAUCGCCUGAAACAGUGGACAGGUGA